CUUGCUUGGGAAUCGCUCCCGCCGAUUGUCCGUACAAGGCUCGCCGUUCCAGCUCACGUUACUCGCUUUGUGGUCGUGGUAACCGGACUUGAACCAAUCCCGACGGUGCACGUCGGUCAGCAAGCCGAGUUGUGCCCUUAGACCCAGGGAACGUCAGCGAGGUUGCAUCCCACCGGGACCGUCUAUACAUGCACCCGCAAUCCUCAGACAAGAAGUUAGUGUGCAAGUCGUUUUUCGACGCGCUGGAAAAGUGCCACGCGGACUCCUGGCUUUACUGGACCGGAGGAUGCAACCAGAUCAAGCAUGACUUGAAUAUGUGCCUGAGGCAAGAGCGACUUGACAGGGCGGCCAAAAACAGGGAGGACGCGAAAACGCGUCGCGCGAAAGCCCAAGCUGCAUGGGCCGAUUUGCAUAGAGAUGACUAAUACCUGGCAUGGAUAUAACUGCCCUUACGGGGUUUCCUCUCAUUCUCUGUCGCGCACCGCCAGUGUUAAGCAGCAGGAACCCAACAUCCGAUCUGAAAUGUCUUCGAGAACCUCUAAUCUUGGCCUUAGCCAAACGGGGUUAAACACAACGUUUAUCGUCAGACUGUGCUCUUGACUCGAUCACAACUCGACGAUUGACUCUUCGUCGUGCUGCACGCAAACAGUGUAUCCGAGGUCCUCCACCUAUGCGGAUAUAGACGGGGGCAGCGGACCGAUCGCCUACGGUGUGGUCAUCGUCUUUCUAGAUCUUAGCAAGCAUGCAUCAACUCUGUCAUCGACAACCCGUGCUGCCUAUGACCCAUUCGGAGUGCCCGGAGUGCCCCGCGUAUCGUAUUGGCUGCUCAGCCACAGUCGAAUGACACGUCAGGAAUCAGACUUUCUGCAUCUAAUUCUCGUACCCGAUGGGUCAAAUGUAUACAUGGAUUAUCCAGAGAAAAACAAAACACGAAUGCACAAUUGGACAGUGCUAAGUACGGAAACUGAUACUAAUAGCAAUACUCAC